AUGACUAUUUUCAGAGUUCGUCCUGUCUACAAGAGAAAUUCAAUUCUUGUUUUAUUCGUGUCUACCGAUGUCAUCGAAAAGUUGAUCACACCCAUUAAGAUGAAGUCAGUUUACGUCUUGAGGAUCUGCUUCCAGAUGAAUUUAGGACUCCAUCAUAAGCCGACCGAGUUCCCAAUGCGCUCCUUUUUCUCUCAACGAGAAGCGGUGUACAUUCCACUCAGUCGCUGGAGUCUUCUUCUACACGGUCGAGCUCUCCUACGACUAAUUCGGGUCAGAGGUUCUCAAUUUGAUUCUCAAAGAAGCUGGCCAUUCUGUUGGAGGCAUCUAAAUGGUGGUCUUUACGACAUAUCUGGUAGAGGAAAUGAAUGA